CCUAACUCCAAUCUCAGACACGCGUCUGCGAUCGUCAGCCGCGACUAAGGGCUAAAUUUAGAAUGUGGAGAAGUAGGGCCCGCCGCCAGCCACCCAAAAACAUUAGUGUGGAGGCUCCAACUUCAGUUUCCUCAGGAGCGCCAUGGAGUGCAGAGCUGUUCCCAUUCUACCCACCUAUUCACAAGCCUGUGGUACUCCUAUGCCCCGGAAAACGUCCCUCUGCCGUACACUAUUCGAUUAUGGUCCUCUGAACGAUCCGGUGAUCAUACUCAUAACGCUAGCCGUCGUAGUUGGAUCCUUUUGCCUGCUCAGCGGAUUCAUUUUACUGUGCGUUGUCUCAAAAGCCUGGCAGGAUGAGACUUCCGAGGCCAUUCUCCUAAUGGCGAUUGGCUUCUUCAUCACGGCGUUGUCCUGCGUAUCUUGGAAAUUGACGCGAGCUCAACGAAUUUCGCAGUUGGUGGAUGACCUCGGCGUAGAUACUCAAACCAUUUAGCUUAAGUGUAUCUAAAGUAAAACAUUUGAAAACUACGAAGUUGCAAUUAGUUGCAAUAUACCUGAUAAUCUCUAGAACGUUCAACAGUAAGGAGCAGUCCAAAGUAAGAUUGAUCUUAAGUUGUUUUUCCUAUCCGCUUAUGUUAAAGU